UCCCGCAGGUUGAUUUGUUGCAGUACGCAGUACGCAGUACGAUACAGCAUAAGCUUGAGAAGAGGUUUUGUGUGUCUAAAAACAGUAUACAUAAUAAAAUAUUUAUCUAAACAUUUAACAUGCCAUCGGCAAACGAUGAGGAUCCUUAUGCGCAUGUAGCAAAAGGACCCUUAAAGCUAAAAAGUGAUCAAUGUGUAAGCAAAAAGAAGAAAAAUAAAGAAGGUAAGAAGAAAAAAUUGGUGGAAGUGACAAAAGUUUUAGAGGAAGAAAAGAAUAAUACAGUGGAAGUUAAACGAACGAAAGCCGAAUUAGCUUUUCAAACGAUGCAAGAGAAAAUGCAAACUGAAAGAAUAAAACAAAAGGCUUCCAUGACACAUAAACAACGGGUAGAGGAAUUUAAUAGACAUUUGGAUAGUUUAACAGAACACUUUGAUAUACCCAAAGUCAGUUGGACAAAAUAAAUUGUUUGCACCUUUUCUUAUUUUAUAUUUUAUUCAUACAUGCAUAAUAUAAAUAUAAAUAGUAUAAAAUUAAAUGUAAUCUUAUAUAAAAUUGUACUUUAUUACAAAAAUUUGUAAAAAAAAGUAUAAUUAAACUUUAGAUCUCUAUAUAAUAUAGCAAUUUUAAAAUGUAUGAGA